AUGGCAGCCUGGACUCACUUGGUACGCUUCAUUGCUGAAGAGGAUGCGCAAAUACACUUCGGCAACGUUGACGCCUCCAAAUACCCUGAUGUGGGAUUGUCACUUUUUAAGGGAGAAAAGGUUGCCGCCAACCUGAUAAACGGUUCUGCUUUUUCAGGAACAGUCACUGAGAAAGUCGUGCACAUCAAGCAGCUCCUCUCACCUCUUGCCGCAAGUGAUGUUCCAAUAAUCCGAUGCAUGGGCCUCAAUUAUCGAGACCACGCAAAAGAGGCCAACAUGGCCAUUCCAAACGACCCCGUCCUGUUCAUCAAGCCUAGAACGGCGAUUGCAGGACCUUUCCCCGGAAAGAUUGCGGUCCCCAAGUUUGCACAGGAUGGCAGUAGCGAUUACGAAGCGGAACUCAGCCUUGUGAUUAGCAAGGAUGGAAGAGACAUCAAGGUAGAGGAUGCGCUGGACUACGUUCUCGGCUAUACGUGCAGCAACGACGUGAGCGCGAGGAAUGCACAGUUUUUAAACAGCCAGUGGUGUUUUAGCAAAGGUGAGCAUCAGUACCUCGCUCGAGGAUGCCUGGAUGGCUCAGCACCAAUCGGACCAGUACUUGUGUCACCCGCUGCCAUUGGAGAUGCGGGGAAGUUAGCAAUCAAGGCGAUUCAUAAUUCUAGUGUGGUGCAGGAUUCAAACACCAAGGAGAUGAUUUUUGACAUUGCAACCACGAUUUCAUAUCUCUCGAAAGGUACGACACUGGAGAGGGGUACGAUUAUCAUGACUGGAACGGGGCCAGGCAUCGGUUGCAUGCGGAGUCCAAAGGUAGUGUUGAACCAUGGUGAUGAUAUGAGGGUCGAGAUUGAGAAGAUUGGGACACUGAUCAAUGAGAUCUAUUAUGAGUAG